AUGUCCCGUCUCAAAACAUCCCUCUCCUUCCUCUUUCUCCUCCUCGCCUCUACCCCCCUGGUCCUCGCAGCCCCCCAACCCCCCCAACCAGCACCCGCGCGAGAGGUCGCCGCCAACGAAGUUAUAACGCAGCCCCGCCAGCAGGUGCCUGGGAGUACUGGGACUGCGGAUACGCCGUCGCCGACAAACACAACUGGAUCCGCAGAGCUAGCUAGCGUCUUCGUCUGCGAACACGUCUACUGGGGCGGCACCUGCUCCAUCGUAACCGCGCCCCUCGACACGGGCGAAUGCACGCCGCUCGACGGCAGCGCGUCGUCCAUCGGACCGGAUCCCGGGUUCACGUGCACGUUCUACAAGAACGGCUCUUGUCGCGAUUUCACCGGCUCGGACGCGCUCACGCUGGAGAACCCCGGGAGCCCAAACUUGUUGGAUACGCCGAAGGGGAAUUUCAACGAUGUGGUGAGGGGGUUUACGUGCUCUAAGACGACGACGUCGUAG